AUGCGCGAGGACAGCAAAACUACCAAGUUGAGGGUCGUGUUCAAUGGUUCGAGCAAGACAUCAUCAGCCAGUUCUCUCAACGAUCACUUACAUAUCGGCCCAAGCCUGCAAUCAAAGAUCUGUGAUGUACUGCUGUACCUCAGAAGUCACAGAUUCAUCUUUUUGACGGACAUCGUGAAGAUGUUUCGUCAAGUUCUCAUUCACCCUGAUGACAGGGAUUAUCAGCGCAUUCUCUGGACUGAAAAUGGUCUCACUGUGGCUUAUCAACUCAACACCGUCACAAAUAGCACUCGACCAGCACCAUAUCUUGCUGGCCGAGCUCUCAAACAACUUCUCAUCGACGAAGGGUCUCAAUAUCCACUAGCAGUGGAACCCUUUCAAAAGGGCAGCUACGUCGACGACAUCGGCGGCGGUGCCGACAAUCUCAGCGAUCUCAACGACAUUGCAAAUAAUGUCGAAGCGCUUUGCAAUUUAGGUUGCUUUCCACUAGCUAAAUGGAAGAGCAACCACCCUCAGUUCAGCAAAAUCUCAUCAUCACUCAGUCCAGAAGAUUCUCAUUCAUUCUCAGACAACAUCUCAAAGAUCUUGGGUCUCUCAUGGAAUUGUCAAGAAGACGUUCUCACAUUCACCGGCAAGACUUCUCAUACUCUCAGCAUCACCAAGCGCACUAUCACCUCAGAGGCUGCUCAGCUAUUUGACCUUCUGGGUUUAAUCUCACCAGUAAUCGUAAAGGCAAAGAUCAUCAUCCAGGACCUUUGGCUACAAAAGGUUGACUGGGAUGAUUCUCUCUCACCAGAGCUAGUUCAUCGAUGGACAACUUUCCGCGAUGAAUUACCUCAACUGUCUCAUCUCAGAAUUCCUCGAUGGAUCAAUCUCAUCCCCAAUACAUCUGGCAUCGAGAUUCACGGGUUUUCUGAAGCAUCUCAAGCUGCAAUGUCUGCUGUGAUAUAUCUCAGAGUCUGCAACCUGGCGAACAGACUAGCAUCUCUCUCAUCUGCUCUAAAACUAAAGUCGCACCACUCAAACGUCUCACAAUUCCUCGACUUGAACUCUCAGCUGCAUUAUUGCUCUCAAAACUGGCUUCUCAUGUCUCAUCUACGCUUCAAUUAUCUCAUGUUCCAACUUACUUGUGGACCGACUCAUCAACAACACUUGCUUGGGUUACCAGUGAACCAACAAGAUGGAAAGAAUUCGUCAAGAAUCGAGUUGAAGCGAUCCAGCAACAUUCUCCAGAUGCACACUGGAGAUACAUCUCAGGAAAACAGAACCCUGCUGACUGUGCAUCCAGGGGUCUAA